CCAGCUGGAGCUGUGGCCAGUACAGUAGUACCAGUUGGACUGAUUUGCUGCCAUGGGAUUCGUAGGCCAUUAUGUUUUGCAAGCCAUGAAGCAUAUGAAGCCUCAAGUAAAACAAGUUUUUCAAAGUCUACCAAAAUCUGCCUUCAGUGAUGGCUAUUACAGAGGUGGGUUUGAAUUAAAAAUGACAAAACAGAAGGCAGCAUCAAUACCAGGUCUAAGGCCUACUGCCAAUAAAGGGAAAGUAUGAGAUGCUCAUUAAUGAAUGAUGCUCUUAAACAAUCCAAGUAAAAGAGGAUCUCCUUACACAGCAGCCAAAAGAAGAGAAGCUAAAGAUUUAUUAGAAAUCCAGGAUACUUCUGUGUAUUGCAGACAUGAUUCACAGCAGGCGCUGGUCAAGUCAGCAUAG